AUAAUGUCCAAAUGCUCUAUUUGUGCUGACCAAUAGAAUAGAGCAAGACCAUCCCCAGAGUCCAACAAAAUUAUGGAAGAUCAGACCAAGUUUUUAAUUCUUCAAGGGUGCAAGCUGGCCAGAGACCUUGAAUCAAACCUCCCAACCCUGACAAACCAGCCCCAGAUAAGUGCAACCGAGACCUGUGAGGAAAUCAUAAGAAUCUUCACAUCAGCUUUGGAGAAAUUGAUGAUGGUCAUGAACAGUAAGGAAUCAACUGAAGGUCAUCAAAGUUGCUUUCCCAGGUUAUUGCCAGACAAUAACUGGGGAAGUGGAAGGCAACUGGGAUCAGAUCAUCAGGUGAGAGCCAAACUGCUCCUUAAAGCUGAGAUGGGUCGAGGAAGUUGCGACAGUGAAAGCUGUGCAACAUUUAGAGGCCUUGGAGGUGGAAUACUGUCCAUGGAGGUUUCGUCAGAUCUGAACAGAUCGGCUUCAUCCUCGCAAAGAUCUCGAAGGAGGAGGGAUGAAGGAGAGAAACGGGUAAUCAGAGUCGCAGCUCCUCAGAUGGGCAACACCGACAUUCCUCCGGACGACGGGCACACUUGGAGAAAAUAUGGUCAGAAAGCAAUUCUCGGAUCAAACUAUCCAAGGGGUUAUUAUCGUUGCACCCACCAGAAAUUAUACCAGUGCCCUGCCAAGAAGCAAGUGCAGCGACUCGACGACAAUCCUCACUUCUUCGAAGUAAUCUACCAUGGCGAUCACACGUGCCACAUGUCCUCGACCGCGCCAUUGUUUCCGCCGCUGCCGCCAUCAGCGAAUGCCAUUCCAAUGGAUUUGCAAUUAGGCGGGUUUAGCGGAUCGAGCAGCACCAACCCGGUGGUCGUAGGCAGCGGGUCAAGCGCUUCAGCUGCUCGAUACGACGUCAUCGAGUACCCAGUAGAAGAAAUGGCGGCUGCGAUGUUUAAUCCCGGGACCAGCAAUACAGGCACCAUAGAUAUGAUUUUCCCUAGAUCCAAGGAAGGAAAAUGAUUUAAUGGGGGAGUGUCUGAAAGAAAGCUAACACUUCAAAACCCAAUUGCAGGAGGAGGAGAAAACAAAGUAUGGUUUAAUUACUACUAGUCUUAAUCCCCGGUAGCUUUGUAAAUAAAUUGUUAAAUUGCAAUUACUGUCUGAACAAGUCAAAUGCUUACUGUCUAGAAUUACAUUCAGUCUGUUGUACUCUAAUGCCUGCACCACUUAAUGUUUCUAUAAAAUUAAUGUUUAUGUACA